AUGCUCUCCCACGCCGACCUGCUCGAUGCGCGCCUCGGGAUGAAGGAUGCUGCCGCCGAGCUCCUCGGACACAGGGAGGCUCUCAAGUGCAGACUGGGCACCGGGGGGUCGGACCCCGGCCAUUCUGGGGAUCUACCCCCGGGUUCCGACGCCGUCGAAGGGGCCACUCUUCUCCCCGGAGACGAUAUCAACACCCCCGGAUCCAAUCCGCCGGGCGUGCAGGUGAACAGCGCCAAGGAGCAGGAGAAGCAGCAGCAGCAGAACCCGAACCAGGCGGGCGGGCAGCAGAGUCAGAAACAGAAACGGCACCGGACCCGUUUUACACCCGCGCAGCUCAACGAGCUGGAGAGGAGCUUCGCCAAGACCCACUAUCCAGACAUCUUCAUGAGGGAAGAGCUGGCGCUGAGGAUCGGCCUCACGGAAUCACGUGUGCAGGUGUGGUUUCAGAACCGCCGCGCCAAGUGGAAGAAGCGCAAGAAGACCACGAACGUGUUCCGCGCGCCCGGCACGCUGCUGCCCACCCACCACGGCCUGCCGCAGUUCCCGUCGGCCGCCGCCGCCGCCGCCGCCAUGGGCGACAGCCUCUGCUCCUUCCACGCGAACGACACCCGCUGGGCGGCGGCCGGGAUGCCGGGGGUCUCGCAGCUGCAGCUGCCGCCCGCGCUGGGCCGCCAGCAGGCCAUGGCGCAGUCGCUGUCCCAGUGCAGCCUGGGGGCCGGCCCGCCGCCCAACUCCAUGAGCCUGUCCAACAUGUCCUCCAACGGCUCGGGGCUGCAGUCCCACCUAUACCAGCCCACGUUCCCGGGCAUGGUGCCCGCCUCGCUGUCCGGCCCCACCAACGUGACGGGCUCCCCGCAGCUCUGCAGCUCGCCGGACAGUGACGUCUGGAGAGGGACGAGCAUCGCGUCGCUGCGCCGCAAAGCGCUCGAGCACACAGUGUCCAUGAGCUUCACCUAAUGGUGGACACCGGACACCGCGGCGGGCCCGGCGCGAGCUCCCGACCCGUCGCCCCGCCUUUCCCCUUUCCAACGCCAUCGCGUCGAGCGAACACGCCGGGCGGAAGUUAGUCUCCGCGCGAGGAACCCGACCGACACUGACUCUUCAAGCAAAAACGGGACACGGACUCCGGCGGUCAGUAGGG